AGAUUGCGCGAGCCCAGUAGGCGGCGCUCUCGCGUCCCUCCCUUAUCCCGGCCCGGCGCGCGGGAUCGCGGCGGGUCGGAUCUUGGGAUUUUCUCUUCCCGGCCCAGUCACAUCCCGGCCCGCCGGGGGCUGCCGGGCGGAGCUCCAGGAUGUGGAAGCUGGUGCCCGCCUCGGGAACAGGAGAGCCAUAUCGGCUUCUAAGCGGUGUAGAAUAUGUUGUUGGACGCAAGAACUGCACAAUUUUAAUUCAGGAUGAUCAGUCUAUCAGUCGAAGUCACGCAGUUCUGACUGUAAAUCAGUCUGAAACAAGCUCUAGUCAGUCUCUCUCAGUACCUGUAUUAACAGUAAGAGAUACAUCUAAGUAUGGUACCUUUGUUAAUGGAUCAAAACUCAAUGGUACUUCAGUUUCUUUGCAGUCUGGUGACAGAAUCAACUUUGGAGUCUUUGAGAGCAAGUUUAGAGUAGAAUAUGAACCUUUGGUUGUCUGCUCCUCGUGUUUAGAUGUAGCUCAGAAAAAUGCUUUAAAUCAAGCCAUCCAUCAGCUUGGAGGCCUUGUGGUGAAUGAAUGGACAAAAGAGUGUACCCACCUUGUAAUGGUGUCAGUAAAAGUUACUGUUAAGACUAUAUGUGCUUUGAUUUGUGCUCGACCAAUUAUAAAACCAGAGUUUUUUUCUGAAUUAAUCAGAGCUAUUCAGUCCAGGCAACAGUUGCCAAAUCAUGAAAGCUUUUAUCCUCCAGUUGAUGAGCCUUCCAUUGGUACUGAAAAUCUGGAUUUAUCUGAGCAUCAUGAAAGGAAAAAAAUAUUCAGUGGAAAAACUUUUAUAUUUCUAACUGCCAAGCAGCACAAGAAACUGGGUCCAGCAGUUACUCUUGGAGGAGGGGAAGCAAAGUUGAUGACAGAAGGAAGAAAAGAAAUGCCUUUACUACUUUCUCCUGAAGUUUGUGUAGUUGAUGUGGGUUUGACAGACUCUCAGGUCUCAGGAUCUGUCUCUAUGACAAACAGGACUGAUUCCAUUCUGACUGUCUUAGAAAGCAAGAAUCUUAGGGCAAUUCCAGAGGCAGAAAUUGGAUUGGCAGUUAUCUUCAUGUCUACAGAAAAAUACUGCAACCCUCAAAAGCAACCUACUUCCAAAGGUCUUGCAGCUGUACCUGGAAGUUCUCCUGCAUCAGCUGCCGUAGGCCGAGCCAUUUCCCAGAGUCUGGCUGUGGAUGAAACCGUAAUGCCAACUGCUGCAGAUAGCAGCACCUUAUGCAUAGCUGAUACAGAAGAGCAGACAUGUAUGGAGAUAGAGAAAAAUACCCAGGUGCAUAGACAAAGGAAAAUGGUUUUCCAGGAUACAACUGCUGUAAAGAAAAACAGUGGCACAAGUAGCAGUGUAAAUGCAGGAACAUCAAUACCUAGAGGGAACAGAACAUCUGGGUUCAGUCAAACAAGUCAGCCUGUCUCCCCAUCUAAAAGUUCAGAAGCUGGCAAACCUUGUGCGAGUGCUUCACGUCACCAGUCGAACUCAAUUACAAAUUACUUCCCAGUUUCUAGAAAAAGGGAAAGAGCUGAAGAAGAAGAAACAUCUGUACCCAAACUAGCAAAACUGGAGGAAAGGUCAUCACCUCUUCCCAAGUGCACUGAAUCCACAGCUUCUUCAAUCUGCAACAGUGAAGCAAAACAGCAUCAAAAGAAAAGUAACAUCCUGGACCCAAACCCAAAUUUUGCAGAAGACAUGGGUAUAAAGCUUAUGAGGGAAAGUGUCAAACUAACAAGUGAUAGAACAGACACUAAAACCACUUCUGGUGAAAAUCAUGCAUCAAAAAAGAGAAAGGAAGUAGAUGAUUUAUCUGAAGAUCCAGAAGCACUAGAAAUCGUGUUUGGAAGUGGAGACAUAGACUGGGAAGAUCAAAUGUCAGAUUAUGACCAGGAAACUCAAAGAAAUAAACGAAGAAAAUGUUUGGAAACCAAAGAAAGCAGAAUUCCAAAAGUAAAUGUAAAUCAAAGAGAGGAAAAUAAAGUGUUGAAAGAAGAGGAGCUUGGAUCAGUUCUAACUUCAGAAAUGAAAAGUAACAUCAAGCAAGAGUCACAAGACUUGAACCACAGCAAACUGGAAGAUGAUUCCAACAAUCUUCCUAGCAGGCUUUUGUUGACAGAGUUUAGAUCGCUGGUUGUCAGCCAUCCAAGACAGAACAGUCAUCUUCCUAGAAAUACCAGCUAUGGGGGAAAGAAAAAUUUCAAAAUGUUCAAAAAGGUAGCUUACCCUGGGGCAGGACAACUUCCAUGCAUUAUUGGAGGAUCAGAUUUGAUUGCUUACAAUGCUAAAAAGAACUCAGAGCUAGAAGACUGGUUAAGACAAGAAUUGGAGGAACAAGACAAACGAGCAAGAGAAGAAUCACUUGCUGAUGAUCUCUUUAGAUAUGAUCCUAAUGUGAAAAGAAGAAGAUAAAUUGUGACCAGGAUUUAAAGUGUUUCUCUGGCAAAAUCUGCUUUCUGUUCCUUAGGUUUCCUGGUUACAGUAUGAUGUUCCUAUAUAUGAUCAUUUGAAUAUCUCUUAUUGUAAGACAUAUUUUGUAAGUCUUGCUUUUAUUAAAGAAAAAAGAAAAGUUCCUUUCACUGCUUGGUACUUACAGAUUGCACCAUUGUCAAGAACUUCCCAUUAUUCACUUCAGAGUAAUGCUCAGUAAAAUACUAUAGAUACUUAGGGUUUAUUUUAGGCAUUUUUAAUGUUUGGUUGUCAGUACUAUUUUGGGAAAAAAGAAGUUAACAUCAGGCUAUUUUUUUUUCAGAAAGGCUUUGUUAGGUAUUUUCAAGGGUAUUAUCUUAAUUGAAAAUCUAUUGAGGCUGAGAUGCAACUGGUAUUUGAUCAUGAUGUGAUAUGAUAUGGUAGAUAUGAUAUGAUCAUGAUAUGAUUCAUAAUGAACCACUUCUCUGUGGAUUAUAUAGAGCAUAUGCUACGCUAUUCCAAUAAUAUCUUGCAACUGAAAAAACAGCUUCUUUUUCUUUUGCUUAAACAUAUAUUCAUUUACACUUUUAAAUCAGUGUGGUUGAAUGUUCAUUUGCUAAAAUCUACUUCGAAGCCAGACAAAGUCUUUAAGAGCUGUUUACCUCCAAUUUGGAAUUUUAAAUUGUAUGACUCAUUUCUCUCUCUCACACCUUUCCUUUCUGCAAUCACUGUGUAAAAAUAUGGCCUUCAAAAUAGUUUAAUUAACAGGGAAAGCUAUGAAACAAUUACCUGUUUGUCGAUUAGGAGAGCUCAUCUUAAUGAUCUGAGAACUUGCAAUUUGUGAGAUUCCCCUGCAAGUACAGUAAGAAACUUUCCAGACUUCCUGCUCAGCUGUAUGAAGCCAUCACAUAUAGAUAGACGGACAGUAACUCUAUUUGCAUCCUAUUUCAAGAGGGAGAUUCUCCUUCCUCAUGUGAGGUAGUAAUCUGGUUGAUGUAAUUGAAUUGACACAAAAUUACUCUCUCUGCUGAGAGCUCUGAGCAUACAAAGAAGAUAAACUGCCCUGUUUGAAGCUGCUCUGUUGUGUGUCAAAUCUAAAGAACAGCAUUGCAAGAUCUGUGUAUGUCAAGACAGCAGAUGUGCAUGGUUGCAACAUGCAGAAAAUAUUUGGCCUUCCAAAGCCAGUGUUUUCUCAGUUCUGUCUUGGCAUCUUCUUGCUGGUCAGCAAUGUCCAGAGUGAUCCACAAAUUGCAGCCCAAUACUUCUGAGCUCCACAAAAGCUGUGAGAGCGUUUGUGUAAGGGCACAUCAAAUCUUAUCCACCAACUACCUUUAAAAAGACUGAUCUUAAGCAGUUGAAGUUCUUUCUGGAGGAGAUGUACUGACUGUUCCACCCUCAGCUGAGUUUUUCUACUCUCACUCUGAGGAUUUCCAGGUUUUCUGGCUGAAGACCUACUGGUCCAACAGAGCUCUUGUAGACUGCUGAAGUUUUUGAUUGUUAGUAAAUUCAAGCAAAUAGGUUGGAUAGCAGAGUAUCAACGGACAAGAUUCUUCAAGAUUCUUCAGAAAGGCUGUAUUUACAAUUUUAAAAAACAGCUGGAGAAUUUCUGAGGUGAAAAGACAAAAGGGACAAUGUAUAGGGGCUUUCUACAAGAAAGUAAAGGCUAAAGUCCUUAGCUGCUCAGACUGCAAUCUGCUAGGGGCUCAAACAACCCUGGUGGCAUAGCUGAGAGCUCUCUUUUGUUCAUAUUUUAUGUUUAGGGCUCUUCAAAUCCAGUUUUCCAGACAGUUGAAUUUACCAGAUUUGAUAAUUUUUUGUUUUUUUAAAUUUAGUAUUUAAGAGUUGUGGGUCUCUUUCAGCUCAGAAUAUUGUAGGAUUCCAACUUGAGGGUGCCUAGUAGGUGAUACAGUUUGAUUUGUAAUCCAGUUUCAGCUGCUGUCCAGCUGAUGAAAAGCCUGCACAUUAGUGCACCUUAGCUUCUGCUAUUUCAAUAUUAAGUUAGGCUUGCAUUAAAAAGCUUAGACAUACCAACCCCUUAACCAUGACUUGAAUUGUAACACCAAAUUCAUGUAACAAGUCCUAUUCAUUAUUCUGGAGUCUUCUUCAAUUUUAAGUUAUUUUUGGCAUGAUUCUCGUCUCAAGCCAUUAGAAGAAACAUGCUUGUUGGCUUACUGGUUUGGCCUUCUAUUACUGAAGUUUCCGAGGUAGAUGAUAAAGGACAUGAUUACAUAAAUUCGAAUUUCCAGUAAAUUACAUCAGUAUCUGCCUUAUCUCUGCAUUAACUUCACCUGGUAUUUCCUUUAUGGUAUAGAACAUACUGUUGUAGGCUAACCCCAUUAGGCAGCUAAGCCCCAUGCAGCCACACAGCCCCAGCAGGAUGGGAGAGUCAUAGAGUAAGACAAAAAGCUCAUGGGUUAAGGUAUUUUUAUAGGUACAGCAAAAGCUGUGAGCACAAGCAAGGGCAUCAGCUUUGCAUUCUGCAGUUCAGAAAUUGUGCUGUGUGCUCUAUUUUCACUGUGCAGCUUGUGCUUUCUGGUUUCAACCAUUCAGUUUCUGGGAGAGCUUAUGUGGUGCUGAUUUUCUUUAGAAGGUUAAAAAAAGUUCAGAGAAGAUAUCUACAGUUUCUUUCAUCUGCCACACUGACGGUCUGCAAGUAUAUUCACCUUUUUGACAAAAUAAUGCUCUUCACCUUAAAAAUACAUCUAAGCAAAAUCUUCAGCUCUUGUUUCUUGCAUUUUUUUGUGUGUAACAGAGUUUGAGGGUUUGUUUGGGAUGCUUUUUUGGUAACAUUUAUUACCUUUGUUCACACUGCUUACAGGAAGGAGAUGCACACAAUAUAUAAACUAAAUAUGCUUUUUUAUUAGCAAGGCUCUUAACAUACAGUCUUGCAUUCAGCAGCUUAGCUGAUGAAAACAGUUUAAAGCAGAUUGAAUUACUCUAGGUACUACUGAAACCAUGCAUAGCUGCUGUAUCCCUGCAUGAAAACAUGUUUAAUUUUCAGUUUAACUCACACCAAUUUCAGCUGACUUCCCAUUUUCUACGUGGGAUGGGGGGAAGCCACAGGUUUUUCUUUUGGAGAAGACUACCGAGAUAUUCUCACUGUUGAAGUGUGAUUUCUAUUUCUGUCCAUUCACAUCUAUGAGUCUGUCCUUUUUUCUCCUACUCUUACUCCCCAUCUUCUCCUGGAAUGGUGGUGGUUGUGCGUCAGGGCUGCCCUCUUUGUUGUGAUGGCACCAGUUCCUAUUUGUGGAAAGCGUGUUUGCAGUCAGCUUGAGUUCCUCCCUCCAACCACCUCCCCAUCAACUUCCUCUGAAAUGGCAAGUCUCCUUCCUUGCCUUCAUUGCUGAUGUGUGUUAGCCUCUAUUCCACAUUGAUUCCUGAGACAGUAGCUGAAGCUUCUACUGUAGACCUACCUCUAACCCACUCACCUGUCGUGCUCCAGUCCAUGUUGUACAAUUGAUUUCUCAGUCUGUAUUUUUCCUGUCUCUCCCUCUCCUGUUAAACUGGAGGGAGUCUUGCACUCUCUUCUCUUGCUCUUUUCUAUUUCUUCAGUCAAUACUCAGUCACAUUUGGCCACAUCUGGUUUGAGUCAAAUUCACAAACUGACUUUUGAUUUUCAAAUCCAAUUGUGUUCAGGUUGUUCUGGUAUCUCCUUAGAAUUCAAGCCAAAUGUGACAGAAAGUGAACCCUCCUCCUUACCAUUACUCCUCCCUCUUCCUCUUGCAGUCUUUGUUCACCAUCACCACGUUCCAGUGCGAUAGUUACAAAAAUGGUACACAAUAUCACAUAUCCCUGACUAGCAACUCUCUACCACGUGCUUUAGCGCUCUGCCUGUACUGCUCUGCUGCAGCUUUUACUACUGGAAUCUGUCAGUCAUUGCUUUCAGCACCAGAUCCAUGCAAAACAGCACCUCCCUCAUCCUGAACACUGCAGCUCUCUGAAUGCCUUUUCCUCCACAGUUUGAUCUUUCAUUUGACUUGAGUUCUCUGCUUCUCAAAAUCAAGAUAACUGGCUUCUAGAUGACACUAUUUUAAUUUUUUUGCCUUCAGCCUAUAAUCAGUUUUCACACAUUAAGAUAAAACAAGCUUGGCAUAUGCAAACCUCAGGAAUAUUUAUUGUUUAAUCAAAAUAGAGGUUUUGCUCACAAGUUGCUUACAGAAAAUCUUCUGUAUGUGUUUACAUUGCUCAUCUUAAAAAAAAAAAUAAAAAGUAUGAUGCAAGCAUACUCCAACAAAA